AUGAAGCACCUCGCAGCUUACCUUCUUCUCGGCCUCGGAGGCAACACCUCCCCCUCUGCCGCCGAUGUCAAGGCUGUUCUCGAGUCCGUUGGCAUUGAGGCCGACGACGAGCGCCUCAACACCCUGAUCUCCGAGCUCGAGGGCAAGGACAUCCAGGAGCUCAUUGCUGAGGGCUCUGAGAAGCUCGCUUCCGUUCCCUCCGGCGGUGCUGGUGGUGCCGCCGCUGGUGGUGCUGCUGCCGCUGGCGGUGCCGCUGAGGAGGCCAAGGAGGAGGAGAAGGAAGAGGAGAAGGAGGAGUCCGACGAGGAUAUGGGCUUCGGUCUCUUCGACUAA